AUGACUCACUUACAAGCCGGCUUGUCCCCAGAAACACUGGAGAAAGCCAAUGUGGAGUUAAAGGAGAACCCCGACACUGUACAUCAGGACAUUCAGGAGGUGAGGGACAUGAUUAUCACGCGCCCAGACAUUGGCUUUCUUAGGACAGACGAUGCUUUCAUCCUGCGCUUUCUCAGAGCGCGGAAAUUUAACCAUUUCGAGGCGUUCCGUCUCUUGGCCCAGUAUUUUGAGUAUCGUCAGCAAAAUCUGGAUAUGUUCAAAAACCUCAAAGCAACCGACCCGGGCAUCAAGCAAGCUCUCAAAGACGGAUUUCCGGGGGUGUUGACCAACUUGGACAGAUAUGGCAGGAAAAUACUCAUUCUCUUCGCCGCUAACUGGGACCAGAGCAGGUAAUGUCCGUCUGAUAUUAGGGAGCUGUCGAUUCAGAACUACUCUAACACCACUUGACAGUUUGCUUGCUUGCUCUAUUUACUUUUCACAAAUCUGUGUUAUUGGUUUUGUUAGAGCCUAGUCUUAUGAACAUAACCGAAACAAUUGAACUAUUAACCCAAAGGCAAUCCAUGUCAGUAUCAUGGAUGUAGGCAAUGAGAAAAGUUUAGGCUGCACAGGCCAGUAGAAAUUCUAUCAUCACCCCACUAGUGAAUGAGGAAUGUAAGGACUGAAUCAGAUACAGUCAAAUAUAGUUUCACCACAUUACUUAAUUGCAGAGAUUUGACUUUAGGGGCCCACUUAUGUGAUCUCCAUAGUCACAAUGACAAUUACAUGAGUAAUUUAAAACAGCCUUUUCAGACCUCACCCAAUAGCAGGAUGUGAUGAACAAACAAAAUGCCACCAGGAGUGGCCAUUAACUUCACCAAUAACAGCACUCACACAAGUCAAAUUGUCUCUCCAAUCUGAUUCUCUGUGUUACUCUCCUGAAUGAAAAUGGUAAGAGUCACUUCCAGUAUAUAAUGCCAAACAAGGGUAUACUGGUUACAUUUCAUUUGAACUGGGAUUACAGUACUAAGAUGACAUGGUACAUUUGUUAUUUAAUAAUAAUUACACAAUAAUCACUUAUUACUACUUUGUAGAACCAAUUGCCCCUCUUAUGUUUGUAAUCUAGGCUACAUAGAAUAGUCUCCUAAUGCUUUUCUCACAUCUAUAGGUAUACAUUUGUGGAUAUACUGCGAGCUAUUCUGUUGUCGCUGGAGUCCAUGAUAGAAGAUCCAGAGUUACAGGUGAAUGGAUUUGUCCUGAUCAUCGACUGGAGCAACUUCACAUUUAAGCAAGCCUCCAAACUAACACCGAGUAUGCUGAGACUGGCCAUAGAAGGUCUACAGGUAAUAGUCUCAACAUUUUUCUAACCCUUCUCUUUUGUGGGCUCAACAUCACUCAGAUGAAGUUCUUAGCUACUUUUGACACUUGACUCCAUUUACUGAGAUUACCCAGAUUACUCCUAAUUUAGAUGGGUUUGCCACAUUUAAUCAUUUUAGUCAAGCCUACAACAGGGAUCUUGUCCUUUUGGGAUUUUGAAUACACCAGGCACUUGUAAGUGCUGCAUUUUUGAAGUGCAGAUCUCCAUUGUUCUUAUGGUAGCUUAUAGAAGUAUAGCUCUACUGCUUCUAGUUUAUAUGCGUUGAACAUUAGAGACAGGCUCUAUUUCAACCAAUGGCAACUGCUCGGCAUCCGACCGUAAGGAGCUACAGAGGGUAGUUCGUAAUGCCCAAUACAUCACUGGCCAAGCUUCCUGCCAUCCAGGACCUAUAUACUAGGUGGUGUCAGAGGAAGGCCCAAAAAAUUGUCAAAGACUCCAGUCACCCAAGCCAUAGACUGUUCUCUCUGCUUCCGCACGGCAAGCGGUACCGGAGCACCAAGUCUAGGUCCAAAAGGCUCCUUAACAGCUUCUACCCCCAAGCCAUAAGACUGCUGAACAAUUAAUCAAAUGGCCACCCGGACUAUUUACAUAAUCAAAUGGCCCCCCCCUCCCCCCCCCCCCCCCCUGCUGCUACUCGCUGUUUAUUAUCUAUGCAUAGUCACUUUACCCCUACCUACAUGUACAAAUGACCUCGACUAACCUGUACCCCCGCACAUUGACUCUGUACCGGUACCCCCUAUAGCCUCGUUAUUGUUAUGUAAUCUUAUUGUGUAACUCUAUUUCUUGAACUGCAUUGUUGGUUAAGGGCUUGUAAGUAAGCAUUUCUUGGUAAGGUCUUCACCUGUUGUAUUCGGCGCAUGUGACAAAUAACAUUUGAUUUGAUUUAAUUUACCACACAUGGUCCUGCACACCUACUGGAAUAGGUGGACACGUCUCUGAAUAUUCACGAGAAACUCUUUCUGAUCAACUAUCUUAUCAUUCUCUUGGUUAUGUGACAAACUGUUCAAAUGUAAAAGCACUUUCACUCAAUAAUCACUUUCCUGUACUCUCAGAAACUACUUUACAAUCAAAGACUUGCAUAAGAAAUAACUAAUGAUAUUUACAUUUUGAUUACUGGCAGUGUAGGCCUAUGAUUGCAAUCUUCAGCAGGUGAUGCAGAGAAUCAAAUUUGAACAACAUUCCUUUGACCCUGUUCAAUCAUUUCUAAUGGAAGAGAAAAAUACAAGGUCUCUGGCCAAGUGCAUGCUUUGGUAGCUGGCCAACUAAAAUAUAAAUAUGAUGUGGAGCCUAAGCCUAUAACCUAAUAACAAUGCAUACAGACAUUUUUCUGAACGACCUUGCGAAUGUCAGACAAUUCCUCUUGUAACCCAUUAUUCAAAUUCCAGUGUAUGAAAAGUUUAGAUAGGCUUGUUCUAUAGCCGUGUAGCCUUGUAUAAUGUACCAUGUAGAGCAUAGACAGUUAUCACCAGAGAGGUUUGUUGACUGAAUAUCAAUGGAGGACCAUGAUGAGGCCGUUGCACAUUCCAUUGCUUCUCCAGACACAGAUUAGACUGUGAAUAAUUGAUCUAUUUGAUCUGCUAUUAGUAUCUCAGUCUCCCAAUGUGCCACUACCAAAUCAUGCGGGAACCCACUGUUGUCGUCCGUUGAAUGGAAAAGAAAAGAAAACACACAGAAACAUUGUAUAACUAAUGGAAUCAUUCACAUUUUCUCUGUCCCUAGGGUCCCGGUUCACAUCAAGCCCUGUGACGCGCGAACGGUGUCAUUUGACGAGUAACGAUUGCCAACAAUAUGUUAAUCAGGUAAAGGAGAGAAUAAGGGAUAUAGCUCAUUGAUGAGAUGGGUCAACCAUGUUGAUGUUCCACUCCACUGGUGGGUCCAGGCUGGAACCCUCUAUAUAAUCUAAAAAAGAAUAAUUUAUCCUCUGUAUAAGUAGUGUGCCUAUUGUGACACUUGAAUGAGCAAUGGAAGAUCCAGGUGCGCCACUGUGGUUUUUGAAGUAAACGAAGCGUUGAUGAAUCGUUUCCAUGGCAAGUUUAUAUGGCCUGUAAAAAUAAUGUAACAGCAACAAAUCACUACAAAGGUAAUGAAUUAUUACAUGGUAUGGUAUACCACUAUUGAUUUUCCACCUCAGACACAAUAUGUGUUGUCCAGUGCUGGACCCCUCUCCUUAUAAUGCUAACAUUAGAGAGAAAAGUUUCUCCUCUGUAAUCAAUAGUGGUGACCUAUCUGUGAGCCCACUUGACACUGAGCACUGAGAGUAUCUCAGGGUGUUGCGGCCCCCUGGUGGGUUUUGUAAUGACAUUGAGGGGGUUUGUGUGUGCCAGUACGCCUCAUGAGUCACUAUGCCUGUCAUUAAGGGCCUGAGCUGCUAAAGAAAUCACACACAAAAACUCACACAAAAGCACUUCCAAGACCUCAACAUUAGGUUUUCAUCCUCAGCUGAGGUUAACACUCGUUGUCUCUAUGGUUAUUGAUUUAGGAAAAUACCAAGACAUGUCAAGAUGUUCUUUUUUCGUAUUAUGUUGUGAAGGACAUGUAAUAGCUGAUGAUCCAUCUUACAUGUCAUUUGUACCAGGUGCAGCUUACUGUUCGCUGCCCACCAGUGUGAGUGUGUGUGUGUGUCUAUGUGUGUGUACUUGCGUGCGUGUGUGCGUACGUGUGUGAUCUUCAGGAUCUUGGUUCAGGUUGUUUAUAAUUUCCUGCCAGUACAUUUGUUAUUGCACAUGGGUGGUGCGUUCAGAAUACCAUGAAGAAUUUCAACACUACUGACAACAAUGAAAACCGUUUAACACUACCACUGGCAACAAUGAAAACACUCUGAUUUACAGAGACUGUGGAAGAUUCUGAAGCUUAACAGAAAAAUGGAAAUUCACAGAAAAUCUCAAGAUAGCCCAUAAGGAUAUUUCAAAACACAUCUCCAACUGUGUGAUAAUUUAGUUCCUUAUUCCCAAACUGACAGUCACAUCUAUUGUUGUUGGAAUGGCUAAUACACAGAGCACAAACUCUGCUAGAUAUUUCAUUGUGUAUUGGCAAAAGAAGAGAAAGAAAUUAAUACUUGUUUACAGCGCAGAUAUUCUUGGCAAAUCAAUACCAAGAAAAACAAAUGCUUGGACUGAGUAGAACACACCAUGCUGGCCGUGGUUUCCCCAAGCUAUACUUUGUUAUCUUAGAGCCUCUGUUGUUUCCUCUUGCUCCCUCUGUCUCUGUCUUACCGAUGCCUUUUGUCCCUCUCAGUCUAGAGAAAUAACCCGUGUUCAGCAGCCAAUCACAACAGACCAGUCCUCCCCAUCCCACCCCACACUGAGUUUCCGUGGCAACCUGUCCAUCCGCCAUGCUAUGUACUCUCCAGAUGAGCUGUGCUGCUAG